UCCGGUGUUUGAAACACGUGUGUCGAACGUGAUCGGAAGUCUCGCUGGACCGCUCCGUGUUUCCCCAGAGCGACGUGUCUCCAGUUCUGGCGGACCGAGGCGCGUUCGCGAUUCACGAUUCGCGAUGCUGUCGGACCUGGAGCUCAUCGGCACUAUCGGGGAGGAGGACGAUGUGGCCCUGGAACCCGAGUCCGAGGACGAGGACGAGCCGGAGCAGCCCGUCCUGCUGGGCCGCAAGUGGAGGGAGCAGCGGAAGCGUGGCGCCGGGGACUUCAGCGCCAAUUUCGAGUUCGCCGAGAGGGACGGGCUGGGCGGUGAUGACUGGGCGCUGGCCGACGUCAUGGCCCAGCUGAAGAAGAGGAAAGCCCCCACCACCUUGGAUGAGAAGAUCGAGAAAAUCCGGAAGAAGCGGAGGACAGAGGAGAAAGCGUCAAAAGUCGCUAAGAAGAUGGGAGACCCUGAGUGUGGAGCUGCUGAUGACACAGCAUCUGGAGCCAAAGACGAAGAGGACGAGGAGGAAGUAGGAAGUGGCGAAGCAGAAAGCGAGGGGACAGAUGAUGAUGAGGAUGAGGAUGAGGAUGAGGAUGAUGACGAUGGUGACGCCUUCUCCUCAGCAGAUGAGGAGGUUCUUACCAAAGCAGACACACUGAGGGAGAAGGACAAGAAGGGCAGGAAGAAGGGGAAGGAGACGGAGCCCCCGGAAGCCUUCUACGAGGAUGCCUCCAACUAUGACGAGAACCUCACCUUCCAGGACAUGAACUUGUCCCGCCCCCUGCUGAAGGCCAUCACGGCAAUGGGCUUCAAGCUGCCGACGCCCAUCCAGAAGGCCUGUGUGCCUGUGGGGCUUCUGGGUAAAGACAUCUGUGCCUGCGCAGCCACUGGCACAGGCAAAACGGCUGCCUUCAUGCUGCCCGUUCUGGAACGGUUGAUCUACAAGCCUCGGCAGGCGCCGGUGACGCGCGUCCUGGUCCUGGUGCCCACACGUGAGCUGGGCAUCCAGGUGCACACCGUGACCCGACAGCUGGCCCAGUUCACCAGUGUCACCACAUGUCUUGCUGUCGGUGGUCUGGAUCUGAAGUCCCAGGAGGCGGCGCUGCGGGCCGGGCCCGAUGUCCUCAUCGCAACUCCAGGGCGACUCAUUGACCACCUGCACAACACUCCCUCCUUCGAGCUGAGCCACAUCGAGAUCCUCAUUCUGGAUGAAGCCGACAGGAUGCUGGAUGAGUACUUUGAGGAACAGAUGAAGGAGAUCAUCCGGAUGUGCGCCUACCAGCGUCAGACCAUGCUCUUCUCUGCCACCAUGACGGAAGAGGUGAAGGACCUGGCUUCCGUGUCCCUGAAGCAACCUGUGAAGAUCUUUGUGAACAGCAACACAGAUGUGGCACCCUACCUCAGGCAGGAGUUUGUGAGGAUACGACCAGCCAAGGAGGGCGACCGGGAGGCCAUCGUGGCCGCCCUCUUGACCAGAACCUUCCAGGACCAUGUGAUGCUCUUCACCCAGACCAAGAAGCAGGCCCAUCGCAUGCACAUCCUGCUGGGGCUCAUGGGACUCAAAGUGGGCGAACUCCACGGGAACCUGUCCCAGACCCAAAGGCUAGAGAGCCUCCGGCGUUUCAAAGACGAACAGAUCGACAUCCUGGUGGCCACCGAUGUGGCUGCGAGGGGUCUGGACAUCGAAGGGGUCAAGACGGUGAUCAACUUCACGAUGCCGAACACUGUGAAGCACUACGUGCACAGGGUGGGGCGCACGGCACGCGCUGGCAGGGUAGGCCGCUCCGUCUCGCUCGUCGGCGAGCCCGAGAGGAAGAUGCUGAAGGAGAUUGUGAAAAAGGCCAAGACGCCGGUCAAGGCUCGCGUGCUGCCGCAGGAAGUGAUCCUGAAGUUCCGGGACCUGAUCGAGAAGCUGGAGAAGGAUGUGUACGCCGUCAUGAGGCUCGAGAAGGAGGAGCGAGAGAUGGCGCACUCUCAGGCUCAGAUAAGCGUGGCUGAGAAGCGCCUGAAGCAAGAAAGCGAAGAGAAGCAGCCACAGAGAACGUGGUUCCAGACGAAGGAGGAGCGCAAGAAGGAGCGCAUGGCGAAAGCUCUGCAGGACUUUGACUUCGCGCUGAGGGGGAAGAAGAAACGGGAGAAGUUCUUGAAAGACAGGAAGAAGAAAGAGCUCUGUGCAGAAGACAGGGCGCAGUUCGAAAUCCUCAAGGCUCAAAUGUACGCGGAGAGGGCGGCGAAACGCGAGCGCAAGCACAAACGAGCGAGGGCCAUGCCUGAGGACGAACCCGCACAGAAAGCUGGGCAACAGAAGGGGUCGCGACCCCCCAAGAAGUCGGUGUUUGACAAGGAGCUCACCAACACCAGCAGGAAGGCCCUGAAGCAGUACAGAGCCGGGCCUUCAUUCGAGGACCGGAAGAGACUGGGUCUCCCCAAACACAAGAAAGGAGGGCACUUCAAGUCCAAAGCCAAGUUCAGGAGGAAGUGAGAUGGCGGUCAGUUGGGUGGAACGGGAACCACGGCGUAGAAAAGUAGCGGUCAAAGUGAACGGCUGGUGCUUUAUAAGCAGAAUGUGAGCAGUUCUUGCUGUUACCUAGUGGUCUUCUGGUUGUGUUUUGCAGCAGAGGGAACUGGGCUCUCACUUUAUUUACAAACACUUUUAUUCUUGUGUAACACAAUAA